UUUGUAUGUGUUGGGAAGUUGGGGAAAAGGUUGUUGUUUAGUGGGCGGCGAAUCUUGAUCCGUUGACAAGUAAAGUCGGAGGCGAGGGAGAGUAUUAAGCAAGGAUGGGUGGAGGCAUGGAAGCAAACAAGAACAGAUGGAUCGAAGAAUGGGGCUCCGCUCGUGAGAAUUUGGAGCAUAACUUCCGCUGGACUCGCCGUAACUUUGCUCUCGUCGGCAUCUUCGGCAUCGCCAUUCCUGUCCUUGUCUACAAGGGCAUCGUCAAAGAAUUUCAUAUGCAGGACGAGGAUGCUGGGAGGCCCUACAGGAAGUUCAUCUGAGUGUACUGUACUUUGAUUCAAUAAUUGUUGGCAUAACUACUGGCUUUCUUCCAGACCAACAAACCUGUUUAUCUCUUACAUGAGGGAACUUGACUGCUUGUCCAACUUCGCACUCAUGUUGGAUGCCAUUUAUAAUUUUAUUGUUCAUUGUGAAUUUAUGAUCUGGUUUCCACACUUUAUUAUCAAUUUUGCUUUGGUGGAA